UAGCGAUUUUCUAAUGAAACGAAAACUUUGAAUUGGGUUCGUGCGAGAGAUUACAUGACUUGACAUAAAGUGCCAUGGGCCUUACUCCCGGUACGCAGUCCAUGGCAGCAUGCCCUUCGUCCACUGCUUCAAGCACCAUGAAGCACGAGUUUGUGGAAGGCUGGGAUUUAACGCAAGUGCUGGGUGAAGGAGCGUAUGGGGAAGUUAAACUUCUAGUGAACAGGGCAACCCAAGAGGCAGUCGCAGUCAAGGUGUUGUACAAUAGUGACCACGCUGAGGCAGCCGAGAGCUUUAGGAAGGAGAUAUGUGUUCAUCGAAUGCUUAACCAUGAAAACAUUAUUAAGUAUUAUGGCCAUAGGAAGGAUGGGAAUCAUCAAUAUAUUUUUCUAGAGUAUGCUUCUGGUGGUGAGCUGUUUGACAGGAUAGAGCCUGAUUGUGGUGUGGACCAAGCAGUUGCCCAGAAGUAUUUCAAGCAGAUAAUGGCUGGAGUGGAGUACCUGCAUGCAAAAGGGGUGGCACAUCGGGACCUGAAGCCUGAGAACAUCCUAUUAGAUGCCAAUGACACCAUCAAGAUCUCGGACUUUGGUAUGGCCACGGUGUUCAGAUUUCGGGGAGAAGAACGGCUACUUGUGAAGAGGUGUGGUACUUUGCCAUACAUUGCCCCUGAAGUACUUGUCAAGCAGUAUCGAGCAGAGCCUGCUGAUAUCUGGAGUUGCGGGGUCAUACUGGUCGCACUGCUAGGUGGUGAACUGCCUUGGGAUAAGCCUUCCGCAUGUUGCCAAGAGUACAAAGACUGGAAGGACUGCAAGAUUACUGUGCCACCGUGGUCAAAGCUGGACAAUGCAGUCCUUUCACUGCUUCGAAAGAUACUCAUGCCAAACCCUGCCAAGAGGUACACAAUAGAGCAAAUCAAAAACCACCAAUGGAUGAAGAAAGUUCUCAAGUCAAAGAAUGCCAAUACCAAGUGGCUGGGUAGCAGUGCGGACUCGCACACACGCAAAGUUAGCUGCUUCGACAUUGGCCAGGCAGCUGAUGCAAGCAGGGAUGACACCAUCACCAGGCUCUCAAGUUCACAGCCAGAUCCGUUGCGCAGGGGUGUUGAGCCAAGUCUUGAACUGGCCUCCGAUGCAGAUGUGCUUGCACAACGUGUUAGCUUUUCUCAGCCAGCGCACCUCGAUGACAUGCUACUGAGCACACAGACUCAGGGUACACAGAGUUCUUCACAGACACCUCUUCAGAGGUUGGUGAAGCGUAUGACAAGGUUCUUUGUUACCACUGACGCCCAACAGACUGUUGAGGAGCUCAAGUCACUCUUUGAGCGGCUGGGUUAUUCUUGGAAGACUAACUCCCCAGGACAGAUCACUGUAACCACGCAAGACAAACGCAAAGCGCAGCUGGUGUUUAAAGCAAGCUUGAUUGAGAUGAGUGCAAAGAUCCUUGUGGACUUCAGGCUGUCUCGUGGUGACGGCUUGGAGUUCAAGAAGCACUUCGUGAUCAUCAGGAGCCACCUGUCUGAACACAUUGCCAAAGGGCCCGUCAGCUGGCCCAUAGCUGUGGCUACUAACAGCAUUCCCUGACCCACGUCGUAGUAGUCUAGUGCUGCCUUCAUGAUACUGACUGGCAGAAUCUCAAGUGCCAAUAGUGCCUGCCUAGCAAUUCCUACAUUCUUACCUGAUCGUGUGUACAUUGUAGUGUAAAUAGUGCUACGCUAAUGAGUCUCGUAUUUUAGUGAAUGGCUUUGACCUAAUCACUAGAAGUUCGGCAUGCUGUAAACAAUAAAAGUGCCUUUUUAUGAUUUUA